UGGAAAUAGCACGGGGCGGAGAAGUAAGUCGGGUUAGCUUUCGACUGACAGGUCCUGUGAGAUUCGACAAAUUCUAUCUAAACGUUAAAGAAUAAAAGAAAAAACGGUCCAUUUCUUAUUAUCAUUAAAAAAAAUAAUAAUAAUAAUUUACUAGAGUUGAAAUAACGAUAUGUCACGGAAAAAAUGUUUACAAAUCAAAUGUGGCUGAUGAAGCUCAAAUUAAGCCCCCAAACCACUGUAGCUACUAGAGGAUGCACAAGUUAGCUAAGGGUCUGAAGAAAAAGAAAAAGCAGAAGAAGGGAAAAAAGGGAACUGAAGAAGACGAGUUUAAUCCAGAAGAACUUGAACGUUAUAGACGUGAAAGGGCCGAGGCCCAACAAAAAUUAGCCGAGGAAUCUACUGAUGCAAACGCUUCUUCAUCGGACGAGUGGAGAAAAUUUGAAGCAUUAACAGCUGGUGUUGAUUCAAUUCUUAAAAAAUCACAAGGUGAUCUUGAUCGUAUUAAAUCAACUUCAUUUUUUCAACGUAAAGCUCCACCUGAGGAGAAAAAACCUGACAAUAAAGAAUUAGAAGAAACAAAAAAUCAAUCAAAAAAGUGGAUUGGUUUUGAUAAAGACGGAAAUCCCAUUGAAGAAAUACAAGAAGAUAAAGUAAUAAAUGAAAUUAAUGAAGAUGGUUUUGUCAAUAUUCCCGACGAUGAAGAUGAACAAGAAGAUUCAUCAGAGGAAGAUAUUUUUGACACAACCUACAUUGAUGUUUUACAAAAUACAGAAGUUCAAUUAGCCUAUAUACCAGAGAGUCCAACUGAAGAAGACGCUGGUGACGAUCCAUUCGAUACAACUAGUGCUGAAAAAGUUUUAAAAACAGUUGAUAAGAAAGGAAAAAAAUUAGUGAGUCUUGGCAAUGCUGUUGAAGUUUUAGCUGGUCGUAUCGAUUACGUGAGCACUUGUAAACUCCAAUCAACUGAACCACAAAAACCACAGAAUUUACUAUUGGAUGACGACGUUUUUUCCGAGACUGAUAAAAUUCUCACUAUCAAUUCAGAUCCAAUUGAAAUAAAUAAAACACUUUUGGAUGAUGACACUGACAUACAAGAUUUACCAGAAAUUGACAUAACUAAUUUACCAACAAUAAUACCAAUUGUCUGUUCAAGUGAGGAUAAAACAACAAAAAUAAACGAAAACAAUAAUAAAACUGAGAUUGAUAUUUCCGAAUUUGAAAUACUCAAAGAAAGUACAAUUCUCGAAGAAAUUCCCGAUUUAGAUGACAGUGAAUUUGAUUUAAACGCCACUGACGAGGUAAUUAUUCUCCAAGAGGCUGAGGAUCCAUUUAGCUCAAAAGAAUGUCCAACUGAAUUUCAAGAUGAAAUAGUUGAAGCAAGUUUUGAAGUUGCCACAUUUGUUAAUGAAGAAGAUCCAUUUGACACUGCAUUCGCUGAUAAUAUUUUACCUGGUAAAACAGAAUUAAAAUUUAUUGAAAAAGAAUUGGAAGAAUUACCCGAAUCAAUUGUAUCAAUAUCAUUAACUGAUUCAACGGGACAUAAUAAAGAACGUGAAAUUAAAUUAUUAACAAAAAAUUCUGUACCAUUAUUAAAUAAUUCUCUAGAAGCAGCGAGAAAUAAUUUACUCGAUAGUUCGGCAACAGAUUUAAAUCAAUUAGCUGACGAACCAAUAAAACCAUCCGAGGAAUUAACAUACGUUGAUCCAUUUGAUACAUCAGGUGUUCAAGAACUUCCACCAGGUAAAACUGAAUUGAAAUUUCUCGAAAAAGAAUUAUUGGGCGAACCUCAUGAAUCACUUGAUGAUGAUGAUUUUGAUCCAAGAAAAGAUGAAAUAAAUCCAAUUGACAAUAAUCAAUCUCAAAAUCGUAAAACUUCGAGGCCAGAAGUUCUUGAGGUGACUCAACAAAAAGCAGUUGCUUUUGAAAUUCCCACACCAUCAGGUCGAUUAGAUCUUUUAUCAACGAGUAAAGAGGAAAAAAUAUUACCAUCAAAACCAUUGACACCUUAUUAUUGUCAAAAAUCAUUUGAGGAAACAUUUGAAAGUGACAUUGAACAAGAAGUUGAUCCAUUUGAUACAAGUUUUGUCGUUAAGGUUGCACCAAGUAAAGUAGAAUUAAAAUUAAUUGAAUCUGAAUUACUGAAAGCAGAGACACAAUUACCAAAUAAUAAUCAACGAUCAACCGAAGAAGUUAUAAGCCAAUAUACAAAACAAAAUUCAGUGACAAAAGUUAUUGAAAGACAAGAGAGUAUACUUGAUUCUGAAAUAACAGUUGAUAUUAAACCUUUAACACCUUGUAUUGAGAAAAAAAAUUUAGAAGAAGAAAUCACAUAUUCUGAUCCUUUUGACACGUCAAUUGCUUCCAGUAUUUUACCAGGUAAAGCCGAAUUAAAAUUAUUGGAAAACGAACUCAGUCAAGUUCCUGAGAAUCGUUUUAUUCCACUUAAUCUCGCACAAGUAUCUUCUAGUAUCAUCGAAGGAACUAAUAGUAAUUUAAAGGAAUCCACUGACUUCCUUUGCUUAGACGCCAAUGAUACUGGCGAUAAAAUACUAACACCUUUACAAGAGGAACAAAUUUUCGCCCAAGAAGAAGAAGAAAUAGAUCCAUUUGACACCAGUUUCGCAUCAGUUGGACUUGGCAAAACAGAAAUCAAGCUAUUAGAGUCAGAACUGAUUAACUUAGAAAAAGCCUAUCCUAAAAUAAAAAUGGAGUCCAAAGGUGGAAAUCCUUUCUUAAUUGAUGACCAAUCAACUGUGCAGGACACAGGUUUAUUUCAACAGACAUCAAAUCCUUUCCUUCAAGAAUUUACCGAGCCAACCACAACAGUUGGCGAAAAUCCAUUUUUAAAUUUCACCGCUGAUCAAUCAUAUCAGCCACCAUCAUUGGAUUCAACAAAUCCAUUUGCAAAUCCAUUUGCCGCUGAAUCAACGAGCAUUGAAUUGGAUUUAAUUAAUAACAUACCUACCUCUGAUGUAUUAACUAGUCAAAUAGAUGUUACAACUACAAAUAUUUUUCAAGAUGAUACAAAACCAGAUAUAUUUGUCCCUAUUGAUGAUACAGAUAAGCCUAUUGUCAAAACAUCACCAUCACUCCCAUCAAGACCACCACCACCAAAACCACCGGCAAGAAAUACAAAAGAUCUUAUACUUUCUGUUACCGGUGCAAUGGAUGCAACAUCAAGUCAAAUGUUGGAUCGUCUACAACAAACGAGAACACCAAGUCCAACAUUAAUGCAUUCACCAUCGCCUACACCCGAGCAUAGUGUUGCUGAUCUUUUAGAUGUUGAUUGUAGUGUACCCGACAUAUCUUCUGAUGAUAGAAAACAAAUUGAUGAUACAAAAAAUCGUGAUAUUAUGGACAUCUUUGAUGUUACAAAUACAGAAACAAAUUCUGUUAAUCCAUUAUUGUCAGAUGAUACAACAUUCCCUGAGAUGAUACAAGAGAAUAUAUUUACCAAUAAUAUUCCAAUAAAUGAAACACUAAUUGAUGAUUCAAGUAUCGCUAGUUCUGUGGAACAUAUUCCAACAACCGAGGUCACUGUCACUGAUACCAGUCUAUCCGGAGAAUCUGCAAAUUUAUUUUCAGGUACGGAAUCAACAAUGCCUGAUUAUUUAGAAUCAACGACGCUACCAUUAAAUUUGAAUGCAAAUGAACAACCUGUAAUUGACGAAAAGCCCAUGUCACCUGGAUCUGAUAUAUUAUCAUCGUCCGAUGUAAAUUUGUCUUCCGUGACUGAAAAAACAACUUUUGGAGUUCCCGAAAUGGGAACAGCAAUGUUUUCAGCAAUAUCACCAACAAAUACCAGUGAAGGUUCAUUUUUCACUUCAAUUGAAAGUGUUUAUACACGUGACAAUAUAAACGAUGCAACAUCAAUAAAUAUUACAGCUACUGAUUCAUCAAAUGCAAUCAAUGAUUUGGAUUUUAAAACAACACCAACAUCAGAUUUUGCAAAAAAUGAAAGUUACUUUACAAAUGAAAUAAAUAAUUUUCCAAAUGUCAUGGAAGAAACGGCUGAUUCUUUCGAUGCAUUUGCAUCGAAAUUUGAUAAAGCCGCUGAACCAAGUUCAAAUAGUAUUUACGAUCCUUUCUCCGGUGGUUCAAUGGGAAUGGAUACUUCCGACGAUGUAUGGGGUGAUUCAACAGUUGGAAGUACAGAUGCUGCAUUCACUGGAUUUGAUGAAUCAGAUGGAUUUGAUUCUUUCUUGAGUAUGACGGCACCACCUCAAGAAACUAAAAUGAAACGAACUGAAUCUGCUGAAUCAGACGAGGCUCCUGAUUUUAGUGUUUAUAUCAAACCUAAAGAAGGAGAGCAAUUGAGACAAAGUGAAGAGGGUCCAGUUCCAAUUCUUGCACCACCACCAAAAAGUCCACAAAAUUCUGCUUAUUCCGAUGCAACAUUGCGCUUUAAUCCAUUUGAUAAAUCCGCUGGUUUUGCUCAAGAGGCUUAUGUACCAUCAGACAUUCCACAAGCUGAAGUCAAACGUACCGAUUCACAGGAAACACCGCCGACACCGCUUUUCGAUGAAGAUGUAAGUCAGCCAUUGGAAGAUUUUCCACGUGUUACAUAUACAGGCGAUGGUUGGGAAAUGCAACUUCGUCAACCAAAUAAAAAGAAAAUAACAGGACAAAGAUUUUGGAAGAAAAUAUUUGUACGACUUGUUUAUCAAGGUGAUAAUCCGGCUGUUCAAUUGUUUCAAAGUAAAGAUGAUAAGGAUCCAUUUCAAGAGUUACCAUUAUUACCAUGUUAUUCCGUAUCGGAAAUUGGUGCCCAACAAUUUGAUCAUUAUGGUAAAAUAUUUACGGUUAAACUUCAAUAUAUUGUCUAUAAGGAGAGACCAGGCGUUCGUCCCGGUCAAGUGACAAAAGCUGAAAGAUUAACAAAUAAAUUGAGUCAAUUUGCUGCAUAUGCGAUUCAAGGUGAUUAUCAAGGCGUUAAGGAAUUUGGUAGUGAUUUGAAGAAAUUAGGUCUUCCUGUGGAACAUGCACCUCAGAUAUCACAACUUUUUAAAAUAGGAUCUCACAAUUAUGAGGAUAUGAAAGAAUUUUCUUCGGCAAUUGAAGAAGCACUUUUUAGAUUAUCAGCUCACAGAGAUCGUGCAUUGCAAUAUAAAAUGGAGGAAGUUCAAAUAUCGGUUGUUGAUGAACUUUAUGUUGAACAACAUGCAGACGGUCAUGUAGAAAAGCAAAUAGCUCGCGUUCGACUAUUUUUCUUAGGUUUUCUCUCAGGAAUGCCUGACGUUGAAUUGGGUGUGAACGAUAUGAGAAGACAAGGAAAAGAAGUGGUUGGUCGACAUGAUAUUAUUCCAGUUGUCACUGAAGAAUGGAUACGAUUUGAAAAUGUUGAAUUUCACUCUUGCAUUCAACAAGAUGAAUUUGAAGAUUCAAAAAUUAUAAGAUUUAAACCACCUGAUGCGUGUUAUAUUGAAUUGUUGAGAUUUCGAGUAAGGCCGCCAAAAAAUCGUGAAUUGCCUCUUCAAUUGAAAUGCGUUUUUUGCGUCACGGGAAAUAAGGUUGAAAUAAAAGCGGACAUAUUGGUCCCGGGUUUUACAUCGAGAAAAUUGGGUCAAAUUCCCUGCGAAGAUGUUAUGGUACGAAUACCAAUUCCUGAAUGUUGGAUUUAUUUAUUUAGAGUUGAGAAACAUUUUCGUUAUGGUUCAGUAAAAUCAGCUCAUCGACGAACGGGUAAAAUUAAAGGCAUUGAAAGAUUUCUUGGCGCUGUUGAUAAUCUUGAACCACAACUUAUGGAAGCAACAUCGGGUCAAGCGAAAUAUGAACAUCAACAUAAGGCUAUUGUAUGGAGAAUGCCACGAUUGCCUAAAGAAGGACAGGGAGCUUAUACAACGCAUCAAUUAGUUUGCCGUUUAGCAUUAACGUCAUAUGACCAAAUUCCUCCAAAUUUAGCACAGUAUUGUUAUGUUGAAUUUACAAUGCCAGCAACACAAGUAUCACACACAACUGCUAGAAGUGUUAGCUUCAGAAAUCAUGACAGUGAUGAUCCACCGGAAAAAUAUGUACGAAAUUUAUCUCGACACGAAUACAGGGUUGGUAUUGAGCAUACAAAAGGUGAAGGUCCGGGCGCUUAUUUAACUGCAACGAUAGCUAAACCAAUUCCCGAAUCAACAGCAGAAACACAUGAACCAGCACCAGCUGAAUCCGACUCUGAUUCCUCAGAAUAGUGCAAUAAAAUGUAAGAUUAUGAUUUUUUUUUAUUUUUCAAAUUUGCGAGAAGAAACAAAAAAAAAAAAGUGAAGAAAAUAUAAAUGCGUAUAGUAAAAUAAUAUGAGUUUUAAUGAUGAAAAUAUAAGUUAUAGAGAGAUGUACCUAGCUAUAUAUAUAAUAUAUGUUGCAAAUUAAUGUAAAAUGUUGAAACUAUUCUAUAUAAUAAUUUAUAAAAGAAAAGGCUUGGUUUUCCGCUUUUGUGUUUGCAAAUAAUUGGAUUGAGAUUGAUUGUAUACUGAAUCUAUUUAAAUUAUAGGAUAUAUAUAUAUAUAUAUAUUUAAAAAAAUGUACAAGAGUUCCAUUUGUGAAUUAUUAUAAAAAAAAUGAAGGCAAAAUUUAUAUGCGGGCGUUAAAGACGAAGUAUCGUAUCAAUGUAACAAAAUAGAAAUUAUAAACAAGAUAAAAGGCGUGUUAAAGUA